AUGAGUGGUUCUGACUUUAUUGAGAUGUUUGUUGGAGUAGGUCCUAGUCGAGUGAGAGACCUAUUCGCUCAAGCACGGCAAGCGGCACCUUCUAUUAUAUUUAUUGAUGAGAUUGAUGCUGUUGGUAGGAAGAGAGGAAAGGGUGGAUUCUCAGGAGGGGCCAAUGAUGAGAGAGAGAACACACUUAAUCAGAUACUAGUUGAGAUGGAUGGAUUUAGCUCAACUACUGGAGUAGUAGUCUUAGCUGGUACCAACAGAGCGGAUAUCCUAGAUCCAGCAUUAAUACGACCAGGAAGGUUUGAUAGACAGAUUGCUGUUGAUAAACCUGACCUUAAUGAUAGGGAGGCUAUCUUUAAGGUCCAUCUUAAACCCCUUACUCUCCUUAAGGGUAUUGAUGUAACCGAAGUAGCCCGACGUAUGGCGGCCUUGACACCUGGUAUGACGGGUGCUGAUAUUGCUAACCUCUGUAAUGAGGCUGCUAUCUAUGCAGCACGUAGGAGUUCAUCUGGGGUAGAGAUGAAGGAUUUUGAGGCGGCUACUGAGAGGAUUAUUGGUGGAUUGGCUAAAUCCAAUAACCUUAUGUCGGAGCAAGAGAAGAGGACAGUAGCUAUACAUGAGUCAGGUCAUGCUGUAGCGGGUUGGAUGAUGGAAUUUGCUGAUCCUCUCCUAAAGGUUACCAUAGUACCAAGGUCAUCUGGGGCCUUAGGUUUUGCACAAUACCUUCCUGAGGAGUUAGCUCUUUAUUCUAAGGAAGCUCUUCAUGAUAAAUUAGCUGUUAUCUUGGGUGGUCGUGCUGCUGAGGAACUCUUUACUGGUCGUAUUACUACUGGUGCUGCUGAUGACUUUGCUAAGGCUACUAAUAUAGCAUUGGGUAUGGCACAAGUAUAUGGGAUGACAGAAGGUGUUGGUCUUCUUAGUUGGAAUCCUCAACAGAUGCAGGAGAUGAUGUAA